AUGGGUUCUAAGGGUCGCGAGUGGAGCGGGAUCGAGGUGCGGUCGCCGGCUUUUACGCAGUUGGUCGUCAAGUCGAUGAGAGAGCUAUUUCCCGAGGAACUGGCUGACAGGACCUGGGACAACGUCGGUCUCCUCCUCGACAACGUCGAGGUGCCAGAAGACCCUCCCACGGCGCCCCUUGUCCUUCUUACAAACGACCUCACGUACUCGGUCGCCGAAGAAGCCAUCAGCCUCGGUGUCAGCGUCAUCAUUAGCUACCACCCCAUCAUCUUCCGCCCCCUCAAGUCCCUAACCUGCGCCGACCCCCAACAAGCAACCCUCCUCCGCCUCGCCAGCAAGCGCAUAGCAGUCUACUGUCCGCACACGGCCCUCGACGCCAGCCCCCGCGGCAUCAACGCCUGGCUCGCCGAAACCGUCGAAUACGCCGCCAAGCAAACCGCCGACGCCGGCGAAUCCUCCGAUCUAACCGCCACGCGCCAAGUCCUCCGCCCUAUCGCCACCCCGCCAGAGGGUAACGAAGAGGCUGGCUACGGCAUGGCCACGACGCUGAGCAAGGAGGUCCCCGCCGCGAAGAUCAUCAAGGGCGUCGGGAGGCUGCUCGGCGGCUUUAGGCAUCUGCAUCUCGUGCAGCCGGCGGGAUGUGAUUUGGCGCACGCGACGGUUACCAAGGUUGCCGUUUGUGCGGGGUCCGGGGCCGAUGUGCUGAGGGGAUCGGACGCGGAGUUGUGGAUCACGGGGGAGAUGAGCCAUCAUGAUGCUUUGAGGGCGGCGCAGGAGGGGAGGAUCGUGGUGACGACGUAUCAUAGUAAUACGGAGAGGAGGUUCUUGGAACAUAGGUUGAGGUCGGCGCUUGAGGAGAAGUUGCAGGAGACGGAGGCGGAGGCGGAGGUAUUUGUUAGCCAGGUCGACAAGGAUCCGUUUAGGGUCGUUGAUAUUGAGGCGUUGUAG